GCUGAGAAGUCCAAAAAUUGUCACUGCAAAUGGAAAGGCCAUUUCCAUUUUCCACAUCGAUCAAGAAAACUCCAUCACCAUGGACCCCAAAUCUUCACCUCUCUCCGCUCCUCCGCUAAACCCAGAGGCUCCAAUUGUCCCGUCGACUUCGAUUCCCAAGAACCGGGAUUUCCUCAUCCACCUCGAAGCCUACCUAGCCAAACGCGAUGGUGUCGACAAACUGCUCAAAAUCUCCCGCUAUGCCACCAAGUUCAUCCUCGCAUCUUCCGUCCUCCCUUCCAAUCUUCCCCUCACCGACCGCCUUAAAUCUUUCGAAUCCAGCGUCGGGGUCAGCCGCAAAGCCUUCCGCCUUGGGAAGUUCUUGCAAGACGUCAACGCCUUCCGUGGCCUGUCCUUCACUUCCCCCGCGCAUUUUUUCCUCGCCCUCAUCGCCUACGGCGGCGAGGGGCUAUACUAUUUCGUCGAACAGUUUGUUUGGCUGGGCAAAGCGGGCCUCAUCGACAAGAAACAUUUGAGUCAAUUGCAGAGAAUUAGUGCCUGGUGUGAGCUGAUCGGGUACAUAGGCAGUGUGAGCUUGAAGGUGAAGGAGCUACAGAGGAUUUCUGAGGACGAGGCAGGUGUGGUUUCAAAUAUCGAGACAGCGGCAGUUGGUGGUCUUGCGCGUCUAGCGGAUGGGGAGAAGCUAAGAAAAUUGAGAGAGAAGAAGGUGUUGAAGAGGCUUUCGAUUGCGCAAGAUUUAGCCGAUGCUUUAAUGGCUGUUGCUGAUAUUCGAGAUGGCAAGGGAUUGCUUUCUGGGAAGCUUCUAUUGUCCUCCGCCGGGCUUCUCUCGGCUCUCAUCAGUACUCACAAGAAUUGGGUGUCCUGCUGAUAAAUUCUUAUUGAUCUACUACGUUUAGGGCUGUUAUCUAAGAAACUUGUUUAAACUGAUGCUGAGUUGGUGUAGAGCAUAUGGCAAGCAAGUGAGGUCUGGUUUUUUUGGAUCAUGUAAGAACACAGCAAAUUCUUAUACACAAGUGAAGAAAACCAAGAAUAUUAUGAAGAUGCUGCAGCCUAUAUUGUGGCUGUUGAAGUCAGCCUAUACAUUGUGCCUUCAUUUCUUCCACACAAUUUCUAACAUGCAGGACAAAUGUGGUUUGCUGAACUUGAAAAUGCCACUGAAGCAACUAUACAUGGGAGCAGAUUAAAUUACAUAUUAGUCAUAUUUAAAUAAAUACUACUCGAAUGUGACAAAAUUUUAAAAAAAUAAUAUAAUUAAAUGUAUUUUAGUGUAAAUCACGAGGUGUUUUGGGUUUAUCUUUGUCCGAUUUAUUGUUUGAGCAGGUUAUCUUUAGGAUUAUUCCCAUGAAGAAGUUCAUUUUCUGCUUGAGCUA